CCCACCUCCGCGUUGCCGCCCUGAACUCUGUGCUCUUCUCCAAAUCCCAUCGCCAUGGUCUCUUUCCGCUUCCCUUUUUCGUUUCCUCGGCCCCCGCGGCCUCCUCACCUCCCCAAUGCCUCGUCCCGCUACCCUCCCGCCAUCGCCGCCGCCGCCGCUGCAGCCGUCGGUGCCGGCAUAGGCCUCGCCGUCGCUCUCAAAUCGGCAGACCAAGUCGAGCCAUCUCUCAUGCGGCUCUCUUCUCCCAUGUGGGCCUCUCUCUCCCUCUCCGACGCCCCGGCCACCACGGGAACGUCAGUCGAGCCCAAGACCGGCGUCGCUUUCCCCACGGCGUUGGACGGCGGCCGGCGCCUCCUGGGGAUCGGACUGCGGAAGAGUAAUGUCUUGGGGUUGAAGGAAAUUAACGUCUACGCCUUUGGUGUCUAUGCGGAUGAUAGCGAUGUAAAAAAAUUGAGUGAGACAUAUGGAACGCUUUCAGUGUCUGAACUGAAAGAAAAUAAGGAGUUCAUUGCUGAUGUUUUGGAUCAGGAUUUACGCAUGACAGUUAGGCUUCAAAUAGUAUAUGGAAGACUUAGUAUACGUUCUGUGCGCAGUGCAUUUGAGAAAUCUGUGGGAAGCAGGAUCAAAAAGUUUAGUGGAGCAGAUAACAAAGAACUGCUUCAAAGUUUUACAUCCUUAUUUAAAGAUGAAUACAAGCUACCAAGGGGAUCUGUAAUAGAUCUUUCCAGGGAGCAAGGUUAUGUUCUUCAAACAAGAAUUGAUGGAAAGGACGUUGGGUGCAUCCAGAGCAGGCUCUUGUGUCGGUCAAUAUUAGAUCUUUACUUUGGCGAGGAUCCAUUUGACAGACGUGCUAAAGAAGAUAUUCAACUUGGUUUGGCAUCUAUCCUACAAAAUGAGAUCUGAUAAGAUUGACCAUGUGAUUUCCAUUAAAAAAAAGUUGGUAUGAUUUAUAUGAAAGAUUUUGAACUCUGUACAAGUUAAUAUACUGCAGGUUUUUCUUUUAAUGCAUGUAAUAAUUAUUAUUAUUUCUUAUAUGAUUUACUGUCUCAAAGGCUAUAUCUGUUGACUUAUCGGACAUAUUCACAUCUUAAACUUAGUGUUAUAAACACAAUACACACGGAUACACGCGCAAAAAAAGAAACAAGAAAGAAAAAGAAGAAGGAUUUGAUGUAGUGUUUGUCAUAUGCUUUUGCACAUAGUUUUAGUAUACUAUCAUUGGUCAUUACAUUCAUGGUUACGAUAUAGUUCCUGAAAACAAGGAGACCAUACUAAAGGCUGCAUAUCAGAUUAGUACAUCGACAUGAAGUGGGCAGAGAAGCAAGCUCUCUCCUUCCCUCCUCUGCUGUUUUACAAGGAAUUUUCAAUGAGUCGCUAGUCAAAAGAAAGACAUCAGCAGUUUUUUUUUUUUUUUUUUGCAAAAUUACUGUGGUCUCCAUUUUUUUUUUUGUUAGUCAUAGUCAAGUAGGCUAGAUGUUCAAAAAUGUUGAUCUCUCAACUCCAUGCUUGGCUGGUAUGAAGACUUUGUUGACAGCACCAAGUUGCUUUCCAUCUGGGUGCAAUAAGCUCAGCUGUAUUGACAGUGGUUUUAGACAGCCAUCGUCCUUCAGGAAUGGUAUCAAAGUAUCAUGGUGAUCUAAGAUGAAGAGUCUGUUGGACUUCGGUGCCUAUGAAAUAACAAUUGAAUGGUUUUUUUAAAUUAUUAUCCAUCAUUUUUAGUAGCAUCUAAAAACCUACAUUCUCUUGAAAUAUAGUGGUACCUGUUCUACUGGUAAUCCUUCCAUGUUUUACUCAAUUUGAUUUGUGUUGUUACGCGCUUACGCUGGUAUGAUUUUAGCAUCCAGCUUACUGGUUGUGGGGAAUUCCCGAAGGAUCAAUGAGAAAGGGUUCACGCCGGCACUCAUUUCUCGUCGGAACUCUUCAUCAGUUCUCCAAGCAAAUUUAUCAGCUGUCAGGUGAAAAAUUACUCAACUGAGGGAAGACCAUGGAACGUUAAAGAAGGAGGCUCACUCGGGUCACUUAUGGUGGAGCUGAUGAGCUGGAAGGAGACGUAGAGGCUGAAUUUAUAUGGCGAGAUGUGGAGGAUAUAAAGAAGAUUGCAAGAACCAGUGAAUGGGACUUGAGGUGCCGUAAAGCUGGAAGGGGGAGAUAAGUUUUUGGGAGCAUUAAUAGCUGGUGAAGGUAAAGCUCAACUCCUUCGACAAGCGUGUUUGAUGUACGCACCAAAUAUUUAAAUCCAGCAACGGUAAGGUGCCAUCUGGUGUUCUUGUAGCAUUCUUCCUGACUAGGUCUGGAUAGACUAUGAACCAGGUUGGAUGCAGGGAAGGUUGCUUGUGAUGAAAUGGGUUAGGUGAGCGUUGAACCAAUUCUGUUGCAUUUUUGUGGGACUUCCUCGUUUACCUAAUUCAUUACGUCUUCCAUUCCCAUCA